ACAGUUUACCAGUUUUCAUAAGAUCGUUAUUAUACUCUUGUUCGCAUAUUUACCAUUUUCAUCAAAUUUCUCAGGUUUUUUAAUGUUUUUUAUUGUCUUAUGUGUUUUGAUUGAUUAAGAAUGUGCGUAAAAAAUAGUAAGGUUGGUUGGUUGAUCUUUUCGCUUUAAAAUCUUUAUUAAUUUUCACAUAUUUCAUUCUACUAUCUCUCAUCCGUUAGGAGUGAGUCAAACUAUCUAGAUAAUAAAAAAUAAACUACUCAUUUUUUAUUUUGUAUAACGAUUUCAGUUACUUAAAAAGAUGGCUAAUGUACAAGUAUGCUUAGAGAGGUUGAGUUCUGAUAUUAUAGCAAAUUACAUGACUCCAUCAAAAAGGACUCUUGUAUCUCAACUUGUAGCAACGGAAAAAUCAGAAAGUACGUCAGUCUCUUUGGAUCAUUCAUACGCAAAGCCAGCAAAUGCCCAUCCGGAAGCAAAACAUGCCAAACCGAUAAAAUGUCUGUUUAUGAGCAGGAGUGUUAAGCGAGACAACAAAAUAGAUGAUGAAGAAGAAGAAAUUGACAUUGAAUCAGUUGAAGAACCUACAGGAAUACCCUAUGAUCGAGAAAAGGGUAAAGAGCAAAUGAACGAAACAGAAAAGUUAUUACAACUGGCAAAUCUGAAUAAAGAAAAGGGAAAUUUGGAGAAAACUAUGGCCAAAUUCGGAUGGACUCAACAACAAACUCGAUUAUUUACCAAAAUAAUGAGAGUUUUACAAAAUGAGCUUUUGGCCAGAUUAGCUUAUAAGGAUAAUUCAAAAGAGCCUAUACUUAGAAGAAUAUCUUUAAAUAAAACAUCGAGAAGAUUUAGACACACUAUGGCAACAGUGAUGUGGGAUUCUAAACUUUCCCAAUGGUUACAUCAUAUACUUGUACAAAAUCUAUCGCACCAAACCUUAGCUGUUUAUUAUGAAAUCCUACAGACUCUUAAACCAAAGAUAACAACCCUCAUAGAAAGAAUGAUGUCAUCAUCAAAGGAUCUCUCAGAACUACAUAUCGCACCGGAGCAUAGAAAUUUUGUUAGCGAGUUAAUACGACGACCAUGGGAUCCAAUUCUAAAUACUGGAAUGUUCAAUAGAUACAAAUUGCAAAAACUACCAGGAGAUCCUGUUAUUAUUGUUGUGCCUAAUGGUCCAAUAUCGAACUCUUCUCCCCACACCAAGAGGAUGAAAUUUUGGUGUAAUCAGUUAUCGGAUAUGGGAAAGACGAUACAACUAACAUUUCCACCAAGAACCAAAGAGUCUAUGACUUGUUUACAAUUUAUGGAUCAAAUGAUAGCUUGCUUAAAAGAGAAAAUUACAACUGUCCAACAUCAUUAUAAACACUCUCCCAUAGUGUUGGUUGGUUGGAAUUUUGGGGCUACAAUGUGUAUGCAGGUUGCCUUGGAAGAACAUAUCGCUGCAAUUGUAUGUCUUAACUUUAAUACUGCAUGCGUUGAUGGCAAAAGAGGAGAAUGUGACGACAUAUUGUUAGAGCUUACUACCCCUACACUGUUUGUUGUGGGACAAUUAUCGACUCUAUCGAGUGUCGACGAUAUUGAAGAAUUGAGAGAGAAAAUGAGAUCGGAGAAUGGUCUGAUAGCUGUUGGUGGUGCAGAUAAUAAUCUACAUAUAUGUUCCGAAAAAUUAAGAGCAGAAGGAUUUACACAGGCAGUUGUUGAUAAAUGUAUUAUGGAAGAAAUAUCCCAAUUUUUAGGUACUAUUCUAACUCAAGAAUUAAUUAACUCUCAUGCCCAAUCUAACGAAACAAUCAGCACGAUAGAAGAUACGUUACAUCCUGCUGUUAUAAAGAGGAAGCCUGCUCCGAAUACGCAUCAGGGAUUUAGAAAGCGACUACAAUCAGGCGACGUUACUCAAUCAAAACCAAAGAAUACUCUAUCUUCUACUCAACUUCAUCAGCAUCAGCAACAUUACCAACAACAACAACAGCAGCAGCAGCAGCAGCAACAACAACAACAAAAUCAGCAGCAGCAACAUCCAUUCAAUAGAAAAAUGUUUGUCAGUCAGUUGUCCGGAGCACCGAAGAGAAAGAUUGAAUCGCAGCAACCUAAAGUACCAGUUAAAAAAAGAGUUGUGCAAAAACAGACAACUACCGAAGCCUCUCUUCCAUCUAUUUCUAGUUUUGUAUCAACACCAAAGACAUCACAAAAUGUUUUGGCCCAGUUGGCUUCGAAACUGGGUGUACCGGUUCAGUCAGUUAUUCAAUCUGGUGUAUCAAAUAUAGCUCUUCCUAUUUCUCAGAUUGUAACUCUUCCUGCGAAACAACAAAGGCAGUCCCCAUUAGCGCCUACUAGUCCAACAAUGACAGCAUUGCUUAAUAAACCGAUAGAAAUGGGUCCACCAGCUCCAGUUCUUGAAUGCAUAAAACAAGAAGAGCAGCAAAAAGAUAAAUCGGUAUUUCAAUCACCCCCAUCUAGACUUUACGGAUUAAUACCUGUUACUGCUACACCUUCCGAAGAUACUUUAGGUGGGAUAAUUGCGAAAGCCCAUAUAAAUCAAAUGGCAAUGAGAAAGGAUGUUCAUACCCAACCAAAACAGUAA